AUUUAAAAACAAACCACUUUGAAAAUGAAACGUGAUGUUAAUUGUUACUAUGUUCACUGUGGACAUUCACCAUUAAAACCAGGUGGAACAGAGAAAAGAUCAGAAGAGCUCUGUAUUGCUAAUUAUGAUAAAGACUUUUGUAAAGACUGCAGUAAAGACUAUCAGAAGGUUUUCUACAGUGACCUGCACAAUGGAAGUCCCAAGAGUGUCAGCAUCCAAAGUGGCGAGGAACCUGUACAUAACAACAAAGAAAACCAAGAAAUAUUGUGGAGGCAUGUUCAGAGUGUCAGUGAAAUGGACAAUGGAAAUGAGGACAGUGGGUAUUCCUCUUUGUUGGGCAAUCAGCACGAAUCUACUGUCCACGAUGAUAGCAUGCCUUUGGCAGGAAACAUCAGUAAUACACCAAAUCACCAUCUUAAUCAAAGAAAAAAUUUGCUUCCAGUCCUCCAUUUUGAAGAACUUGUCUGCUCAACUUUGAAAAAAACUAGUAGAAGAAAUCCAAAGACAUGGGCUCUUGUCUUAGAUAAGAUUGUUUCCAAGCAAAACAUGGAAUUUAGGAAUCUAAUUGGCAAAAAAAUGGGACUAGAUAAAUUAGACAUUCUUGGUGAGCUGUUCCAUGGAAAGUUCAGUCAUCUACUAGCAAGUAUCUUAAAACAUCUCAGCUAUAUGGACUUGAUAAAUGUGGCUAAAGUGAGCACUACGUGGAAAAAAAUUCUACAAGAUGACAAGUGGGCUUUCCAGAUGUAUAACAAAGCACUGAAAUUGACUUUGAAUAACAGCGUGAAGGCCUCCAGACAGGGUGAUACAAGGGAAUAUGCUCUUUGUCGAGAACCGUUAACUCACGUUCAGAAAGUAUCAGCUGCACAAAACUCUAAAAAAGCAUCCAGAAUCAAGGUGGACAACCAGAGCUCUUCCUCCUACAGCCGGUACACACAGUUUUCCGAGGUUGCCAUGACUUUGAAAAACACUGAAAGCCUGAAAGUCUGCAGCUACUGUGGUUCACCUGCUAAGUAUGAUUCCCAUCUGCAGAGGGCAACAUGUAUCCGUGAAGGCUGUGGUUUUGACUUUUGCACAAAGUGCUUAUGCAGCUACCAUAGUGCCAAGGACUGCUCAAGUGGAAAGUCUUUGAAGCCCUCCUUCAAAUCAGGACCCCUUCCUGGUACCAAAAAAAGCAAACAAAAUUUACGCAGGCUUUAAUUUGAACUGAGGGACAGGCUGUGGCUGUUGUACCAUGGGACCUGAUUUGGAAGUCCAAAAGAGUGAAUAUGAAAGAAAGAACUGACUUGUUUAAAACCAUUUUUUUAAAAAGAAUGAAAACAUAAAUGUAUUUUGGAACUUUUCCAGUGGGUUAGAUGCUUUUAAAUUUUUAAAAAAUGAAUUUGCUAUUCCAAAUGUCCUACCUGCUGUUUUAAAAAGGGUAUUCGCCAAAAAAAAUUAAAUUCAAUUUGUUUUAAGCGGAUGGAGAGGGUAGCAUCUGGACAGAAAGUGGAAUUAGGUUUUGAAAGUUCAGUAGAAUAAAUUUGUUUUAAGAAAUGAGCUUUUGUUUUAAUGUAUUCAGACUUCAUGCCUUACAAAAGCUUUUAGAACUUUACUGUUGAAUGACAAUGGAUAUGAAAUGCAUUUUUUGCUAAAUACGCAAUAAUACCCUUGUAUUUGCGGUUUGAAAUAUUUAUUGACCAAGUUUUGUCUAAUUAUUUUCAAAGCAUUGGAUGUGACUGGGAUUAAUAACCACUCUGGUCUUCAUAACUGCUGAAACAAUACUGUUUAUCAUGCCCCCAUUUCAUUCCUGGGCAAAUACCCUGAUGGCCAGUUAUCCCUUUACUUUUCUUCAAAUCCAAGAUGCUUCUCCUGCCUAUAUACUUGUAAAUACUUAAAUAUUUGUCUGUCUCUAUGCUGAAAAAUAAAUUUAACUUUAUAAAUAA